GAUCAACUUCUGCUCUAUAAAAACACAUCUUCCUUCUUACUGUAUUCACUGCAGCAACGCUUUCACAACAAGCACUGAGAAGAGAGCAGAAGACACAGACAACAUCCAUCAGACAUCCCUCUCCAACAAAGACGAUGGCUGGCCUGUGCUGGAUGGCAGUGAUGGUGGCCUUCUUCCUGUCUGCUGAAAACAGUUUGGCUGUGGACCAGAACAGGCUUGCCUCAUUUGUAAACGGCAUUGUCAGACAGUAUGCAACACAAGGCAUGUUCAGUCUGGCAGUAAGCAUCCCUGACAACCAGAACCAGAACAUUAACGAUAUCUUUCAAAGUGAUCCUCCUGACAAUGUGAAGAAUGCCAUCAACAAUGGUGAUGUGUACAAGGGCCCCAGAGUGGUUGCUGCCAAAGUUCUGAGACCGACCAAUGGAAGACCUGAUCAUGCAGAGUCACGAGUCGUGGAUGAAUUGAAUCGCCUCUUCAGACGUAGUAAUCCGAAUGAUCUGUUGCUUUUCUAUGUUUAUGCCUCCCCAUGUGUCGAAAGAUGUUCAAGCAACACACACCAGCAGAGCAUCCUCAGAAGGAUUCAAAGAAUCCGUCAAUGGAGAAAUUACGCUUUUGUGUUCAGUAAAAUAUUCAGAGCCAGUAAUGGUUACACCAAUACUGAUGCAGAGCGGCGUGGAGCCCUUGAACGACUCGGGUCUUCAAUCGGUCUUGAGAACAUAUUCCGUUGUGACGGGCAGUGCACCAGCUGCUCCUAUGGUGGAUAUGUUGCAAAUUAUUGUGUUUCUUGAUUCAACAUCACCCUCUACUUCAGGCUGAUGGCAGCGGGCUCAGUCAAAGUGGCAGAUGGUAGAAAGGUUCUUGGGACUGCUGUGAUUCAGGUCAUAUAGAUCUGCAGGGACGUUAAGAAUAUACUGGCUAUGGUGGGGGACACCACAGCUCCAUUGCUCUCAAACAUUAUUUUCACUAUUGCUGGUGCUGUUACUGUGACAACUACAGCCAAAUUACAUUAUUGUUAUUAUAAAAAAAACACAUCAGGUGACUGGGGAACAACAAAGGACAAAAUGAGACAAACAGUUUUAGGGGGUUAAAUGUAUUAGUGAAGUUUAGAAGAUGAUUGGAUUGUCAUCAUGACAUGCGAUAAAGACAUUUAACUGUCCACAGAAGAUGGAUCAUAAAAACUCACCCUGACCUUCAUUAAGCACCAUCUUCAGGUCAAUUAUCUGUCCAACACUUUGGUUUGUCACUGUUUCAAAACUGCUAACAAUCCUAUCUGCCUCAGCUGGACUUUGUGUUUAGUCCUAAUUAGCAAAUGCUAAGGGCUAACACACCAAACUAAGAUUUUAAUUAUUAUACCUGCUAAACACUGAUAUGCUACCAUAGUUAUUGUGACUUGGUAGCAUGCUCAUGUUAGCACAGUAAGAGGAGGAAGGAGCGCCCUUUGUUUGAACUGAGCCUCUGCUCCUUUAACAAAACUCCCACAACAUCAGUGCCCUGUGGAUGUGAUAGAAACUUGAAUGCACAGCAGUCCCAUGAACCCACUGUCACUGAGAUUUUAAAAAGUCCUCAAGCUCAAAAUGCACUUUUUUCAUUUCAUACUACAAGACUGUAUCUGAAGCAUUAAUAGCUUCCAUUUCAGUGCCAGGUCACAACAGAGAGUGGCACAGAUAAAUCCAUUUACAUGUCUCUGCGAUACAAACGACACUGGAAGUUAGAUGACGUAGUGAAUAGUCGUGUCUUCAAUUGGUAAAUGGACAACGAGCUGAGAUGUAAGCAUGUACCAUCCAUCCAUGUCUCAUGACUGACUAUAAACCGUGAAACAUCUCUUUUGUGAAGCAGUUUGUUCUCCGGCAGAGCAGGUUGAUAUAAAAUCAGACAGGGCCACAAGAUUAUUAAGGUAUGUCCUAUUUGGCCUCGAAAGUUCUCCGUUCCAAGAAAGGUUAACACUGUCAAAGUGACCUGCAACUGAUCAGCGGUGUGAAAAACACACUCCAAAAUUCACUGAAGUUUAAUUUUCUCUUUUGCAAAGUUCCCUGUGAUGAGUGAUUUGGUCUCUGUGUAUGUAAAGAGAUGAUUUGUUCAUUUUGUUUCAAAUUUAUUCAGUAAAUAUGUGAGUAAAGUACAAGACAUUUGAUGUAAAUUAACAUCAGUAUUUCUAGUGCUUGUGUCAUGGUACUCCUGGAAAGCAUGAUUAAAUGCUCUGUAUUUUUUUUCUUGUCUGACUUUUCUGUCUGAUUAAAGCUUGGCUCAGCAUCCA